AUGUUUCAGUUCAGCGCUGGCCAGCAAGGCAGUGAGACUACCAUUUUGAACGACCCUCGACCAACCUCGAACCACAUCAGAAUCGAAAAACGUCAAAUCACAAGAAACCGGACCAGCUAUAGUUGCCUUACGUGUCGAAGGAGGAAGGUCAAGUGUGACAAGGCACGUCCAAUCUGUGGAGGUUGCCAAAAGGCGAACGAAGAUUGUUUCUAUAGCCAGGACGAUGCCCCGUCGACUUCUGCCCAGCCUAAUCUGCCGAAGGAUGAUGGCGGACCGGCCUGGAAGAAGCGAAAGUCGAGCCCCAUGAGACAAGAUUCUCUGGGGACAGCUAUCGGAUCAGAUGGCCCCAGACCACCUGCUGAUCUCAAAGCUAUCGAAGAGCAGUUGCACCGCCUGACCAAAAUGUUUGAUGCUCUUCGCCAAGGUAAUGGAAACGAUCUGCGACUGAAAGAGUUGCUCACGCCCGAGCAUUCAACCUCAGACUCGGCAUCCGAUGGACCCCAGCCAAGGUCAAGUCUAAGUCUAGACAUGUUCCAGUCCAACACUCACGGACUGGCGAAGGAACCUUCUGACCUUAGCAUGCCUCUAUCAAGCUUGAGACUAAGCAAUGCUGAAUCGAGGACCGAAGACCCAUUUUGGAACCAUAUCUCUGACGAAAUCGAUCAACUCAAUCAUCUGAUGCGACGUCGCGACAAUACUUAUGCAAGCUCAAUCAGUCCAGAGAACAAGCAGUGCGACAGGCCGCGAGAAUGGGCCCCCCAAGUCGAAGAAGGCCCUGAGCAAGAAAAAGACGACGUCUCGAACCCGACUGAUUUCCACAAAGAAGCUGGAGGAAAGGUCCUGGAGAGCCUCGACCCGGACAGUGAUUGCCUAAUCUGUCGCCUAAUGCCAUUCUCUAAGUCCAGUCUUUUGCAAAGUAUCCCAAUCAAAUGUACCCCAGCAACCGCCGUACAGCAUCUGGUGGAGAACUUUCCAACUAGACCACAGAGUAACGUUCUUUUCAGAUGUUGGCUGUCAGGAGUGUAUCCGAUUUUGGGGCUUCUGCUGCCUUUGGAAAUGAGCAAGAAACACGAAGAAUUCUGGGAUCAGGUCGAGUCGAAAGGCUUCUCAGACUCAAAUCUUGCUGAUUUGGACUUUUUGGCUGUGAUCCACGCGAUAUGGUAUGCGGGAUCACUCAGUAUUUCAACCAAGGGCCUUCGGCAAUGGUUUCCUCACGUUUCAAGAGCCAGACUUAGCACCCGUUUCCACGAUCAGGUGGUGUUUUGCCUCCUGCUGGGUUCGUUUGCUCAGAGAGUCAGCCUGUACAAGCUCGCGGCCUUGGUACUCCUGCAAAGCAUGCCGAUAGCUGAAGAAGAUCCUUUACAAGGCAGCCUGUAUCUGUCGUUGGCGGUAAGAUUGGCGUUGACCAUGGGUUUACACAGAGAGCCCACGCUGUUCGAAUUAUCUGUGACGGAGGAAGGUAUGCGACGACGGCUUUGGUGGCAAAUUAUCCAGCUGGAUAUAUCUCAUGUUGUCGCAAGUGGUUACCCAUCCCAAAUCUCCGAGAAGUUUUGCGACACGAGAAUCAGCUGCGAGGACAGGGAUUCUCGUUCGUCCGAGUAUGGGUUGAGAAGCACCACUUCGGACAACCCGUCGAAGAAUUCGUCACCUUGCAGCGCAAUAUCGAAUGGAGAGAGCGGAAAUCCGAGAUCUUUUCGUACUCUGUCACUUGUAUCAAGAGGGAAGUCGAUAAUGGCAUGUGCCACGCGAAGCGUUGUGUCCAUACAUCUGGAGACGAAAAAGCUCACGAAUGGAGACGUGCAAGAAAUGAAAAGAAUCAUGACUGAAGCGGGAGAUCGAGUCAACGAUAUUAUCAAAUCAAUUCCCAGCAAAGGCCUGCCAGAAAUGGGAUUCGUUCCAGAUGCGCCAAGAGAAGUGCAGCAGCGUGCAGCAGAUACUGAUGUGUUGAUGGGCAGUCCUAUCACUUCGAACGAUGUCGCGUACUACAAGACCUCUGUCAACAACGCCGACCCCUCAUGGCCUUUGGCAGGUUACUAUCGUCAGAAGCAAGCGGCUUACAACAAAUGGGCACGGAUUCACUUAUCUAUGUUGAUUGACAAAGUCCACUGUGUUGCGUAUGCGCCUUUUCUGAAGAAUACAAAGAGCAAGCUGUGGGACCUGGGUAGACAAUGCGCACUACACAAUUGCCACAGUUUCCUGAGAAAAUUCAUAUCGAUCGCAACCGAUCCAGACUUGGAACCUUUCCGAUGGGGCUGGCCUGCAACUUACGGCCCCCUCCAUGCGGCUUUGAUAAUUCUCGUUGAUCUUUACGAAAGGCCCAAUAGUGUUGAGGCACCCAGAUCAAGAGAAUUAAUUGACAAGGUAUUUGCACUGGCUGCGCCUGGGCACGGGAUUUUCGGCGGCCCUGACGGUGUUACCGUACAAAGACCGCUGCGAGAGGGCGGGGUUGAAGCCUGGGAUAUGCUGCGAGGCCUUCGCUCGGCUGCCUGGCAAAAAGCAGGACUCGAUCCCACAGUCCUCUGGACAGAGGCUGAUCAAAUCGAACUUGGGGUGGCUGCCCCAUUGACAGAUGCGCAGAAAAUUGCUCAGAGUAUCCGCGAAGAUUCAAUAUAUGACAGCGAAACCCCGACCGUGCAACCCACAUCAUGGGCAACAAUCCCUCCACAAGCAGAACAAAAGGCAACGGAAGAAGGCGUCGGAUACAUCGUUAAUCUGGCCCAAAGAGAACUCGGUAGUGAGCUCAACGAAGCGCAGGGGCCCCUUUGCACCCAGGCUAUGCGUAGCCAGUUGCGUCAAACUUUCGAAGGCGAUUCGGGGUUAAAUGCUGGUCGAGUAUUGGCACGGCGGGAAGGCCAGCCAAGAAUGCCAUUUCCACUCAGUAGGCACAUGGAGAAGUGCUCUGGUAAGGUAGCCGCCAGCGACACUGCAUCAGUUCAAGUCUUGCCGCUCCAUUCGCACAUGCCUAGAGCAGAGGGGAAGCCCACUCCUUGUCUCACUCAGACAAUACCACUUUUGGACGGGUAUGGAUCGAGAAAUGGGACGCAGACAAUUCAGCAAAAGUCUUACGGAUCCGGUCAGCACAGUUGGGGACAAGCGCCCGCCAGUGCCGUGAACGGCACACAGCAGGACUUGUUCAACGAUCAGUUAUCCAAGAAGCAAACCCCAGAGGCGUACCUCCCAAAUGGCUAUGCGAAUGGUGACAGCGAGGCGCUGCCCAAUCACAGUAAUGAAGAGUCACACAAAGACCAGAGCUUUGUCUAUACCGAGUUACACCAGGGUGACACAGAUAUGAACAUGGGCUUUGACUGGGAACGCUGGGAUGCUGUAUUCGGGCAAUACUCUGGAUUCACUGAUUUGAUGGAUGAUGUGACAGCAUGGAGUGAGUAUCUCGAUCAGUGA